GCCUCUCUCGUCGGCUCGUCGCCUUGUCCCCUUGUCCGUGCGGCACCGUUUCCGCCCAGAUUCGCACGCGCCACUCCCCGGCUUCCUCUGAGAGAGAGAGAGAGAGAGAGAGAGAGAGUUCGCCGGCCGGAGCGGGGGGUUUCGCGGCGGAGCAGAGACAAGUACGGGGAGCGCGGGGAUGGACGCCGGCGAGCUGCCCAUCGUGUACCACAUCGGCCUCGUGCUGGCCGCGCUGUGGGCCGCCGGCUCCCUCGGGUUCCGCCACUCCGUCCUCUUCCUCCUCGCCUUCCUCUACCUCUACAUGGUAAAUGGCCGAUGUGCGAUGAGAUUGCGAAAGAGAAUACAGCAUGAGGAAAUAAAAUCUGCCUACCAGCGAAGACUGCUCUCUGAUGCAGAAUCAGUACGCUGGUUAAAUUAUGCAAUAAAAAAGAUGUGGCCUAUCUGUAUGGAGAAGAUCGUAUCACAGCUUCUACGACCCAUCAUACCAUGGUUCUUGGAUAAGUUCAAACCUUGGACAGUUAGUAAAGCAGGUAUUCAGGAGCUUUAUAUGGGUAGGAAUUCACCACUGUUUACUUCAAUGAGAGUUUUACCCGAGACAUCAGAUGAUGACCAUUUGGUUCUGGAGAUAGGGAUGAAUUUUCUAUCUGCUGAAGAUAUGAGUGCUGUACUGUCUAUGCAGCUGCAUAAGAGUGUGGGGUUUGGAAUGACUGCAAACAUGCAUUUGACUAGCAUGCAUGUUGAGGGAAAGAUUCUAGUCGGUGUGAAGUUUGUUCGGAGUUGGCCAUUUCUUGGCCGUGUAAGGCUAUGUUUUGUGGAGCCUCCUUAUUUUCAGAUGACUGUAAAGCCACUCAUUAGUCAUGGGCUUGAUGUCACUGAGUUUCCAGGAAUUUCAGGAUGGCUGGAUAAGUUGAUGGAUACUGCAUUUGGGCAGACACUAGUUGAGCCCAAUAUGCUCGUUAUCAAUGUGGAAAAAUUUGCAUCCACUCCCUCAGAGAAUGACUGGUUCAGCAUUGAGGAGAGACCUCCUGUUGCAUAUGUGAAACUUGAGAUUUUGGAAGGAACUGACAUGAAACCAUCUGAUAUGAAUGGACUUGCGGACCCUUAUGUGAAAGGUCGCCUUGGUCCUUUUAAAUUCCAAACAGAGAUACAGAGGAAAACACUAUCCCCAAAGUGGUUUGAAGAAUUCAAAAUACCCAUUACAUCAUGGGAGUCAUUAAAUGAACUUGUUAUGGAAGUGCGUGAUAAGGACCCCAUGUUUGAUGACUCUCUUGGAACAUGUUCUAUAGAUAUCCAUGAGCUGAGGGGUGGUCAGAGACAUGAUAAAUGGAUAUCGCUCAGGAAUGUCAAGAAAGGAAGGAUUCACUUGGCAAUAACAGUUGAAGAUAUAUCAGAGGAGGAUGUAGCAGGUUCGGAAGAAUCGUCGAAGCAAGUUAAUGCUGAACUACCAAUAUCAACCUGUGCCAACAAGUUGGAAGCUGAUGAACUGCCCGAUGAAAAGAAAGUCUUAGUAGACGAAGUUGAGCAAAUUAAUAUUGAUGGGCAAGAACAACCUGGAGGAUUAUAUGUAUAUCGCCCUGGCACUGGAGUUCCCAAGACAUGGGAAUCCCGGAAAGGACGAGCACGUAGUCCUGACACAGAGAUUUACAAAGAAGUUGACAAAUCAAAGGACGUGCCUACCCCAAAAAGCAGUGGACAAGGGGGUCUGUUCAAUCUUGGAUCCUUUUUCCGGAAGAACUCAAGGAAAGGAAGUUUCCGUGAUCUUGAUCCCAGUAUUCCUACAACCCCAGGGCCUCAGAGUGCAACAGAGCUUGACCCAAAAAUCCCACAAACUCCACGUCCAAACCUCAAGGAGGCUGGCGAGAAGCGGACAUCGAUAAAGAUAGUGGUCGAUGAAGAUGCGAAGCCAACAAGCAGUGUGGGAGAUGCAGAGAAUUUGACAGAAGAUGUAGCAAAGGUAAUCGAGAAAAACGCAGGUGAGCCAGGCAGAUCACUGACAAGCAUACUGAGCAGAAAGAUUUCCAGGAAGAAACCGGAGGACAAGUUGUCAGAUAUCCCAGAGCAGAUUGAAGCUCAAGGACCUGAGCUGGUGAAAGGACCUAUUCCAGUUGAGGGUAAACCUAUUGAUGGUCAUCCGACAACAGAAGAUGGCAAUGGAGGUGGUGCUUCAGGAGAAGCAGUUGAAACAAAAACGUAGGCCAGUGCUCACAGUUCAGAAUGGUUGCAAGAACGGCAGAUCCUGUUGCUGUAGGUUUGCUUUGUUGUGCUUGUAGAAAAACACGUGUGAAGAAUAACAUUUACUCGAGAUAGAUGAAUCUUGUAAAAUACAACACAGAUGCUCAUGUUGUAAAGUUUAGUCAGAUUUGCA